AUGAAGUCAAAUGACAACGAUGGGCCAGAUGCAUCUGAAGUUUUUAACAUUGAGCAAAUAGAGAAUUUGCCAAUGACUGCAAAGGAAAUUGCAAAAGAAACCAAAAGAAAUCCGAUGCUGAGUUGUGUCUACCAGCAUGUGACAUCGGGAUGGAAGAAACCAGAGGACACAUCCUUGAUGCCGUUCUACAAUCGUAGAGAUGAAAUUACCACACAACACGGAUGUUUGAUGUGGGGAAUUCGAGUCAUAAUUCCGACAAAAUUUCGGAAGAGAAUAUUGGAAACUCUUCCUGCGUCGCACCUAGGAGUGGUGAAAAUGAAGGGAAUUGCGAGAAGUUACGUAUGGUGGCCUGGAAUUGAUAAAGAAAUUGAAAACAUCUCUAAAUCUUGCAGUGGAUGUGCUAAAAUUCAAAACAAUCCAAGCAAAGCACCAGUACAUCCCUGGGAAUGGCCUUCAGUACCCUGGCAGAGGAUACAUAUUGAUUUUGCAGGACCAUUUUUAAAUAAGAAUUUUCUAAUCAUGGUUGAUGCGCACUCUAAAUGGCCUGAAGUUUUCACAAUGAAUAAAAUUACAUCAUUUAAAACCAUUGAAAUUCUUCGUACAGUUUUCGCAAGGAAUGGAAUUACAGAGCAGAUCGUCUCAGACAACGGACCACAGUUCACGUCACGUGAAUUUGAUGAUUUUACAAAGAAAAAUGCAAUUAAACAUUUCAAAUCCGCUCCAUAUCACCCAGCAACUAAUGGAUUGGCCGAAAGAUUUGUGCAAACUUUCAAACGAAGUAUGAACUCUAUGAAAAACAACGAAAUGUCGCUCAACAAAAAGAUUGCGAACUUCUUAUUGCUGUAUAGGAACGCACCUCAUAGUGUCACCAAUGAGACACCAGCAACAUUAUUUCACGGAAAAAAUCUACGGACAUUCCUAGAUUUGAUACGACCCGAUACCAGGAAAAUCGUGGCAGAUAAAACCAUGAAAAACGCCGUGGAGGAAAGAGGAACAAUCCGAGAAUUCAAAGAAAAUGAUCAUGUGAUUGUACGGGAUUAUCGAAAUAAUGAUAAAUGGAUUAACGGACAGAUUAGAUCGAAAUUAGGACCGUUAUCUUACGAAGUCAACACAAAUCAAGGAAGCGUGUGGAAAAGACACAUCGAUCAAAUGCGCGAUUCAAAACCGAAACCUGAUGAACAGUGUUCUUUAAAUGACCCUAUGGCAGAAAUAUGUGAACAACAAGAAUCCGUAACUUCUUACUCAAAUGCGCCAUGCAGCGAGUCUCCGGCCAGUACACACAUAGAAAACGCGACGUCCGAACAACCGUUAAAUAAACGUUAUCCGAUGCGUGUGCGAAAACAAACCAAAAGACUCAUUGAAGAGUGUUGA